AUGACCGACGCACCGCAGGUCCCCUUCGAUCUCUACACAUAUACCCGCUCAGGUGCGACUGCAGCAGCUGUAGCCACUUCGACCACCGCAGCGACCUUCUUCAACACCGGCAUCGGCUGGCAAAAUGACGUAUCUGGUGGCGAUGGCAACAACGGCUCUGGAGACAAUCCCGCCAUUCCACUUCCCAACCAGCGGGCGUUCGAAGGUCCCUGGUUCUCGCAGCAGCUCUCGCUCUCAAUCUUCAUCGGUGUCGUUUCCUUCUUCAUCUUUGUCAUCGUCCGUCGUCGCAAUGCUGCGCUCUUUGCACCGCGCACCAAGCUCAAGGGCUUCUCCCCACUUGACGACGGUCACGACUCGGGCUACUUCGGCUGGAUCAUGCCUACGCUCAAGACCGAAGAGAUGCGCAUCCUCCAGACUGUCGGCCUUGACGCGGCCAUCCUGCUUAGCUUCCUCAAGAUGGGCUUCUGGCUGUUCUUCAGUCUAAGUUGCUGGAGCAUCCUUGUGCUCAUGCCUGUCAACUACUGGCAGAACGGCGUUCUUGACGGCGUAAGCCCGGCAGAGGACAGGGAUAAUGCUACCGAUCCAAAUGCUAUCCGCGAUACCGUCACUGGCGUCUGGACCCAGCUCCUGGCUAGCUCACUGAGGAAGAAACACGAUCCUCCGCAGGAGCCCUUGCCGCAGUUGCCGCUGCCUGCCAAGCCGGCACAGGCACAGCUUUACCACGCCACACAUCUCCUCUCCGCCUACCUCGUCACGCUGCUUGCCAUGCGCGCCAUCUGGGUCAACUACCAGCGUUUCGUCCGCUCGCGCCAGCUCUACAUCCUCGAGAUCCUAGAGUCCAUCCCGGCGCGCACGGUUGAGAUCCGCGAUCUCCCCGUCCAUCUGCGCGACGAAAAGGCGCUGGCAGAGUACUUUGAGAACAUGGACAUGCCCGUCGAAUCCACGGCUGUCGUGCGCAAAACCGAAGGCCUCUCGCGUCUGCUCAACCAGCGAUCCAAGGCGUUGCAGCAGCUCGAAAAGACCUGGGUGCAAUGGCUGGGCAACCCGACUGAUGCCGAGGGGUACGACCCCGAAAAGAUUAUGCUCCUUGCUGCAGGUGCCAACCACGAGGAUAUUCCGUCUUCAAGUGUCACUGAUGAUCUGGUGAGGAUCAGUGUCGAUGACGAUCGCACGCAGCGUGACUCGAGAGACGACCAGGAAAACACUCGACUCCUUGGUGGCACCGAGUACAACCACGUUUUCAACGGAGCAGACACGAUUCGCACACACCGUCCACGUCCGACGCUACGCAAGCAGUGGUGGAACCCAUUCAGCGAAAAAGUCGAUGGCAUCGACGAGCUUACGCGCCAGUUCAACGCGGUCGAUCGUGCAGUGCGACGCCGGCGCAAGGUUGGUCGCUUCCCCGGUGGCAACGUGGGUUUCGUCACCUUUGAAAGCGCCGCCAGUGCCCAAAUUGCCUCUCAGACGGUGCACUAUCCCAUGCCAGCCUACUGUGCAACCUCGAUGGCGCAAGAGCCCAGGGAUAUCAUCUGGUCCAACAUCGACCUCUCCAACAACGACCGCAGGGUGCGACAGGUGCUUGUUUCCAUCUUUAUGAUUGCUGUGCUCGUCUUCUACGUCCCGCCUCUGGUGUUUCUGGCGAGUUUCGUCUCGCCGGGCGCGAUCAAAAAGUACGCGCCUUGGCUCGAUAGGCUGCUUGGCACGGAUCAGAGGCUGAGGGCGUUGGUGCAGAACAAUUUGCCAUCUUUGGUGGUCAUUGGCUUCAACGCGUUGCUGCCACUCGUGCUCGAGUACUCGUCGUACCUGCAAGGAUUGAAGGCGAGGAGCCUGGUCGAGUAUAGUUUGCUCAAAAAGUACUAUCUCUUUCUUAUGGUUUCGGUCGUGUUCAUCUUUCUGGUCGCUACGACGGCGUGGGGUGUGCUGCAGGAGCUUGCCGAGAAUCCGAUGCGCGUCAUUGACAAGUUGGCUGCCUCGCUGCCCAGGGCCCGCUUCUUUUCGCUAUCCUACGUUAUCCUGCAGGGUAUCGCAUUGCAACCGCUGCAGUUGCUCCAACUGCCUACGCUGAUCCUGCGUGGAUUCUACCGGCUGUUCCUGACACGCACACCUCGCGAGUUUGCCGAACUGAACGCGCCCCCGACGCUGGCGAUGGGCAACGUGUACCCGCAAGCACUCCUCAUCUUCACGCUCUGCAUUUUGUACUCGAUCGUCUCGCCGCUGAUCGUCAUCUUUGGCGCCAUCUACUUUGGCAUCGCCUACGUGGUCAACAAGUACAAGCUGCUCUACGUGUUCUACAAACCGUACGAGUCGCAGGGGCAGGCGUGGCCGAUUUCGGCGUCGAGGUGCAUCUGGGCACUGGUGCUGUUCCAUAUCUUCCAGUUUUCGCUGUUCAGCGUCCGGAAGGAGUUGUGGAUGAGUUCCGGGUUGCUGCCGCUGAUCGUGUUUACGUUUUGGUUCAAUGGGCACUUGGAGACGACGUUCGGUCCGCUGACGCACCACGUCAACCUCAGCAGUGUGGUGGAGGUGUUGAAGGAGAGGGAGGUGGAUCCAGGUGUGGCCGAGUUGGCACAGAAUGGGCCGCCGGCGCUGGCAAGGGCUGAGGUGGCCGGUGGGGAGGGCGUGGUGAGUACGGAUCCGUCUGCUGUGUCUGCAGCGGCGAAUGGCGGUAGCAGUGGUGUGCGGUCUGGAAGCAUGACGCCGAGUGGGAGUCGGAGCAAGCAGCUGCUCUCGCUCGAUCCGUCGCACAAGAUCGAUCCGGAGUUUACCAAGCUUGCUCUGGCGCGGUACAGUCACGACGAGCAGGACGACACGCUAUUUGUCGCGCAGCGCGAUACCAAGACCGACUACCGCGAGCCGCCGGGGGCGGGUUACUACCCAGGUGUGCUCAACACGGGCAGGAGGAGGUACGGGCACCCGGCCAUCACGGGGAUCCUGCCUGAGCUGUGGCUGCCGAUUCCGAGCCAGAGGCUGGAGGAAGGUGGGGAGGAUGUGACGGCGCCUGAUGACUUGGAGGCGAAUGCGACGGGGAUGGCGCCUGCGACCACGUCGGCUCUCGGCGCUCCUCUGCGUGGCGAUGAUCGCGCGGCAGAGGCGGGCAGCCCGAACAACACGGCCGCGGCGAGGAUUCGGGCGAGAGCACUGUCCAAGGCCGAACCGCUCAUCUUGUCGUUGAGGAAACGCAAAUCGAGCCUCAUGUCCGGUCCGCGUCCCCGCCAUGCCUCACCCAGCAGCACCCAGAGGCAUUUCGGCGAUGAACCCUCGGUGGACCGCGGAUCGUCGCCUGCGCCGCCGGCACCGGACGCCGACACCGACUUUGGCGUCUGGUCCGACGGGGUUUCCGGUCCGCAGGGCUCGAGCUCGUCGGCGGCGGUCGGUGAGGCGUUGAGUGGCGGCUAUGCGGUGGCCCCGGCACGCUCGCACCUGAGGGCUGCGCGGAUGGAGAGUGACGAGCAGGGCGUGGAUGGCGAGGAGGGAGAGGUGGACGAUGAGGCCGAGGAGGGCGUGUACAUCCAUCGCACUGCUUCGAGGAAGGUGGGCGGUGGGAGGCGGAGGAAGGUUAGUGGGGUGCCGGGGGUUAGUUCGUAUCAUGAUUAA